AUGUAUGAUGAAAGAUUUGAAAAACAACCCCAAUGUUUAAUGAAUGAAUCGAAACCCACAAUAUAUGAUGAACGAUUUGAAAAACAACCCCAAUGUUUAAUGAAUGACUUGAAAAUCACAAUGUAUGAUGAACGAUUUGAAAAAACCACAGCGUUUGAAUGA